GGAGGCCCUCAGAGAUCUGAAGCCCAGUGGAGGGAAGCUGUGUCCCGCUGAGCCAGCAUUGCAACAGGAGGACUCAUUGACGAGGAGCCCUUGUUGAAAGAGAUGAUGAUGGUCCUGAGCCCCCUGUUUUGGGUCUUCAUGCUGGGACUGAGUCUGACCCCACUGACUCUGGCUAAGGAUGACCGCAGAUACAGACACUUCCUGACCCAGCACUAUGAUCGUAGCCCAAAGGGCCGGGAUAACAAAUACUGUGAAACGAUGAUGGAGAGACGAAACCUGACCAAACCCUGCAAAGGCAUCAACACCUUUGUUCAUGGCAACAAGAAUGACAUCAAGGACAUCUGUAAAGAUAAGAAUGGAAAACCUUACAGAGGCAAUCUCAGAAUAAGCAAGUCUGCCUUCCAGGUCACCAUUUGCAAGCAUAAAGGAGGGUCCACCCGGCCUCCAUGCUAUUACAAAGCCACCAAAGCCUACAGAGUCAUCGUUAUCGGCUGUGAAAAGGGCUGGCCCGUCCACUUUGAUGAGUCCUUUGUCCCUCCACGCAAGCAGUCCGGAGCUGGCGCUGCUCUUCCUUCAUAGCAUUUCCCCCUUACACCGCGGCAACAUUCGUUGCUAGGAAUCCUGAAAAUGACCUGCUGACCUUUUCUUUUCUGCUUUAGAAUAUAUUUCAUUAAUAAAUAUGUCUCU